CGUCGGGAAAGGCCAGCACUGGAUGAUGGACAAGCCACCGCUCGUUCCCGAAGAGCGCAACCGCAGCUCGUCCAUGGACAGCACGUAUGCGUGCCCCGUCUUCGCCGAGCUCGUCGCCGCGCCAAGCUCGAGCACCACCACCAGCAAGCGAUUGCGGUCGCGGACGUCGUCGUUCUCACGCGAGAUGAGCGACGUCAACGUAUCGCGGCUGCCCGCCGCGCCGCAGCUCCCGAGCGUGCCGUACCCCGUCGAUCCAUACCACUUUUCGUGUCACCACAGUGUCGACACGAAGGACGCAGUCGCCGAGGUCAUGCGGACGCUGAAUCGGCACGACGUCGACCUGGUCUUUCAAGUCCACAAGUGCAAAUUCAAAUGCGUGAAAUACGUCUCGUACGACCGCAUUGACUUUAACAUCCGGCUCUACCGCGCCGAGACGCAGGCGCUGCUUAUCGAGUGCCAGCGGCGGUCCGGCAGUCUCCUCGCGUGGGACACGCUGUACCGAGACAUGUACUGUGAUCUUGGCCGUAUCAUCGACCGGAGCGCGCCCACGUGUGCGCAGAGCGGUGGCCAGAAGAAAGUCCUUCUCGAGACGCCGCUUGUCGCGCCGUCCCGGGAUCCACGCGCACCAACCUCGUCGGGCAUGGACGUGUUUGUCAUUAUGCUCACGUCCCACUUUGUGGACAUUCGCGCCGAGGGCUGCUCGGCCGUGGCGGCGGCGACGCAGACGCUCGCGACGGCGCACAAGGCGGCGACGUCCGGCCUCAUUGCGCUCCUCAGCGCGCAGAUCCAAGAAAUGUCGGGCUACGAACGCGCGAAUGUGCUCUCGUCGCAGGCGCCCAUCGUGCCCGCCAGCGUUCGGCGGGACAUUGUGCGCUGUGCCGUCGGCGCGAUCGCCAACAUUGCGAUCGCAUAUCCGAGCUGCGCCGGCGCCGGGCCGCACAUUAAUGUGCAAUUUCAAACCGCUUGGCCGUCGAUGCUGCACUGGCUACAAGCGACGAGCACCGACGAGUAUACGCUCAAGGAACUCCAGCGCGAAGUGUGUCGAGCAGUGGUGCCGCUCCUGUCGCUGCGCCCAUCGACCAUCUCGGCGCACGACAAGAGCAUCCUUUUGGCGUUUGUGACCCGCGCGCAGUCGGACGCAACGAUGACAGCGCCGUGCACGAGCCUCCUCGACGCCAUCACUCGUGCCCAGAGCCGCGCACUGUAGAUGAUGCCGCAUUCAAUAGACCCCCUCCACCCCGAGCAGGUAGCAGCAGAGCCGUUCAGCCUCUACAUCGAACUAAGACGUUGCGUG